GCGGGUGGUGGGGGGCGGGUCUUUAGGAGCGUAGGAAGGGCGGGGACCCGGAUGUGUGUGGUGGUGGCGGCCGAAGAGCUAGUGUGCGGAGCUGAGAGGCCUAUGGAUGAGGAGGACGCGGCGGCCCCGGUUUGUUCUCAUGAACAAGAUGGAUGACCUCAACCUGCACUACCGGUUUCUGAAUUGGCGUCGGCGGAUCCGGGAGAUUCGAGAGGUUCGGGCUUUCCGAUAUCAGGAGAGGUUUAAACAUAUUCUUGUAGAUGGAGACACUUUGAGUUACCAUGGCAACUCUGGUGAAGUUGGCUGCUACGUGGCUUCUCGACCCCUGACCAAGGACAGCAAUUAUUUCGAGGUGUCUAUUGUGGACAGUGGUGUCCGGGGCACCAUUGCUGUGGGGCUGGUUCCUCAGUAUUAUAGCUUGGACCACCAGCCUGGCUGGCUGCCUGACUCUGUAGCCUACCAUGCUGAUGAUGGCAAGCUGUACAAUGGUCGAGCCAAGGGCCGCCAGUUUGGGUCAAAGUGCAACUCUGGGGAUCGGAUUGGCUGUGGCAUUGAGCCUGUGUCCUUUGAUGUGCAGACUGCUCAGAUCUUCUUCACCAAAAAUGGCAAGCGGGUGGGCUCCACCAUCAUGCCCAUGUCACCAGAUGGACUGUUCCCAGCAGUCGGCAUGCACUCCCUGGGUGAGGAGGUGCGAUUGCACCUCAACGCUGAGCUGGGCCGUGAGGAUGACAGCAUUAUGAUGGUGGAUAGUUACGAGGAUGAAUGGGGCCGGCUGCAUGAUGUCAGAGUCUGCGGGACUCUGCUGGAGUACUUGGGGAAGGGCAAGAGCAUUGUGGAUGUAGGACUGGCCCAGGCCCGGCACCCGCUGAGUACCCGCAGCCACUACUUCGAGGUGGAGAUUGUGGACCCUGGAGAGAAAUGCUACAUUGCCUUGGGGCUGGCCCGGAAGGAUUAUCCCAAGAACAGGCACCCUGGCUGGAGCAGAGGGUCUGUGGCUUAUCAUGCAGACGAUGGGAAGAUCUUCCAUGGCAGUGGUGUGGGGGACCCCUUUGGACCACGCUGUUACAAAGGGGACAUUAUGGGCUGUGGAAUCAUGUUUCCCCGGGACUAUAUUCUGGACAGUGAAGGGGACAGUGAUGACAGUUGUGACACAGUGAUCCUGUCCCCGACUGCGCGGGCUGUUCGGAAUGUUCGGAAUGUCAUGUACCUGCACCAGGAAGGGGAAGAAGAAGAAGAGGAAGAGGAAGAGGAAGAAGAUGGGGAAGAGAUAGAACAGGAGCAUGAGGGCAAGAAAGUGGUGGUUUUCUUCACCCGGAAUGGCAAGAUCAUCGGAAAGAAGGAUGCUGUUGUACCUUCUGGAGGCUUUUUCCCCACCAUUGGAAUGCUGAGCUGUGGGGAGAAAGUCAAAGUUGACCUGCAUCCCUUGAGUGGCUAGGGGCUUUCCAGACCUGCGCCAUCUCCCUCUGCACAUCCUUUGCGGGGCCAGGUGCCCAGUUCCUGACUUCCACAGGAUUGCUUACCCAGCAGGCCCUGGGGUACAUUCACUUUCCCCUUACCAAUCCAGGCCACAUCAGACUUCACCUUUCUGACCUGGUGUCACCUUUAUCAUUAGUUGCUGGGCCUGAGUCCCUGGUUGGACAGGAAGAGGCCCAUAGAAUGGUGUUGCUGUAUCAGUGGGUCCCACUUACUAUGGUCAGUGUGUACCUGCAGCCCCCAUUCUCUCACUGGUCCCAUGAGUGGAAUGAGUCCCUGGCUCAACUGCUAUCGGGGCAUGACCUUUGCAGAGGGUGGAGUAGAGACAGCCCAUCUCCUACUUACCGUGGUAUUUCCCCUUGAAUUCUUUUUUUGUUCCCUGUCCUCACCGUGAACAGUGAACCAGUUGCUGCUGUCCUCCCCCUGGCUGGCUAGGGGGCCUCUCUUGGGCCACCUCUCCCUUCACUGGCUGCUGCCCCAUAGAUUCUUCUUGGGUCUCCAUUCUUUCCCUUGAAAGAUACCCACUUCCAACCUGCUCAGGCACCAUCAUCCUGCAGAGAAUCCGAGUCUCUGGCUCCUGCACCUGUGCACACGCAGAUGGUGCACAGUGUUUGAGGAGGGGCUGUGAGAUGAUGUGGGACCGGGCUUGCUCCUGCCUCACUGUCCAUCUUCUCUUCACCUGCACCACUGUCCCUAGCACCUGGACUGAGGCUCCGGGGAACAUCUCAUGCUGUGGCAAGUGAGCCUAGAGAGGCAGCUUGGCACCUCACUCCCCUUUGCCUGCCCCCUCCCUGCCUGCCCCAGCUUGCUGCUUGUGCCAGUUGCCUGUUUUGCUUCAGUGUUUGAUUCUAGCACUUACAUAGACCCUCCUCUUCCCAAGCCCUAGGAUCUCCCUCUACCCCCUUGACCCUGAGCCCUUCCCCUAAACUGACUUUUGCUGGGAGGAAGGAGCAGCAGGAGCUUUUGGCCUUGGUUUGCACAGUGGGUAGGGCUGUGGGGAAGUGGGCAUGCUGUUGUGCUGCUGGGCCCCUUGGCCCUCUGUCAGGCCCUGCACUAUGAUGUAUGAAAUGUAUGUACAGAUUAGAGAUGUUUAUACAGCCAAUAAAGAUGGAGUUUCUGUAUUUAUCAGUA